AUGUGUGGCAGUGAAGGGGUUACACAGGACCUCCAGAUGUGUGGCAGUGAAGGAGUUACACGGGGCCUCCAGAUGUGUGGCAGUGAAGGAGUUACACGGGACCUCCAGAUGUGUGGCAGUGAAGAGGUUACACUGGACCUCCAGAUGUGUGCGCUGCAAGUCUUCACUGUCCUGGGCGGACCUCCACAUUACGGCCCCAUAUAUGUCCAUGAGACAAUCAGAGACGGACCCAUAGAGGUCUGUGGGGUUGUAAUGGCCAGGAGAGUGAAGGAUAUAAACAAAAAGCAGAACCGCAACCAUCAGCUCAAGGAGGGGGAUCUCUCUGGUGGUUUCCCUGAGGCUUCAGCAACACCCUUGGAGCACAAUUGUGAUACCAUUGUACAACCAGAAAAUGUUCUGAGUCAGCAGUAUGAAAAUCGUAUCCGUCCCUGUAUUGACCUCAUUGAUUCACUGCGGGCGCUGGGGGUGGAGAAGGACCUGGCCUUACCAGCGAUCGCGGUCAUUGGUGAUCAGAGCUCUGGGAAAAGUUCUGUAUUGGAGGCUUUGUCUGGAGUGUGUCUCCCCAGAGGCAGCGGUAUCGUCACACGUUGUCCAUUGGAACUCAAAUUAAAAAAGUCUGCCAGUGGUCUGGAGUGGUCUGGCAAAAUAAGCUAUGAAACUAUUGUCAUAGACCUUAAAAGCCCAGCCGCCGUGGAGGAUGAAGUCAGGAAGGCACAAAACUUCAUUGCUGGUGAAGGAAAUAGUAUCAGCGAUAAACUGAUCACCCUGGAAGUCGUGUCUCCGGAUGUCCCAGACCUGACGCUGAUCGAUCUCCCAGGAAUUACACGGGUCGCUUUACCUAAUCAGCCUCCAGAUAUUGGACGUCAGAUCAAGCUGAUGAUCAAGAAGUACAUUAGCAGACAGGAGACCAUUAAUCUGGUCGUGGUCCCCAGUAAUGUGGAUAUCGCAACCACUGAAGCUUUAGAAAUGGCAAAGAAAGUGGACCCCGAUGGAGAGCGAACACUAGGGAUUCUCUCUAAGCCCGACCUGGUUGACAAGGGAGCAGAAGCAGAUAUUGUUGACGUGGUGAAAAACCUGUCCUACCCACUGAAGAAAGGCUACAUGAUUGUGAAGUGUCGCGGGCAGAGUGAAAUUCAGAGCAAACUUUCCUUAAAAAAUGCCAUAGACAACGAGAAGGCUUUCUUUGAAAAUCAUGAACAUUUCAGAGUUCUGCUUCGUGAAGGUAAUGCUACAAUCCCUACCCUGGCAGAGAGACUGACAGUGGAACUGGUGGAGCAUAUUGAGAGAACCUUGCCCACGCUCGAGGAACAAAUUCUAGUUAAACUCAGGGAAGCAGAAGACAACCUACAUAUGAUUGGCAGAGGAGUCCCUGACACCGAAACGGAGAAACUGGCUUUGCUCGUAGAGAAAAUCAGACAGUUUUCUGAGGGAAUAGGCCAAGCAACUGAAGGCGAGGAAGAGCUCACCAACGGGCAUAUGAAACUUUUCACUGACAUCCGAAGACAUUUUAACUCCUGGGAACAAAUUCUAAAAAAAUCAGUUGACAAAUUCCCCCGGGAAAUAAGAAAUGAUGUCCAUGUCUAUGAAACCAAACAUCGAGGCCGGGAACUGACAGGAUUCAUCAGUUUCAGAACAUUUGAACACAUUGCAAAGAAGCAAAUUCAGACUUUUGAACAUCCGGCGAUAUUACAGCUGAAUGAGGUCACAGAGCUUGUCCGAUCAUCCUUUAAUAAUGUCGCUUCGAGGAACUUCUUGCAACAUCAAAAUCUCUACAGAAGUGCCAAGGGUAAACUUGAACAUAUCUGUAGUGUGCAGCAGAAAAAGGCAGAAGAGGCAAUCAAGACUCAGUUCCAAAUGGAGAAAAUCAUUUAUUGUCAGGACGCACUUUAUGGCAAAUCGCUGAAGGAGACCAGAGACGAGGCCGAAGAGGAAGAGAAGGAGAAGAACAAGCGUGUUGGUUUUAAACAAGAAGCCAGCCAGUUGCAGUUAUCAGUUGAAGAAAUGUCUUGCCACAUUCAGGCAUACUUCACGGCUGCAACGGCUCGCCUUGCCAAUCAAAUCCCUCUGAUUAUUCAGCACUAUAUCCUGUAUGAGAUUGCCCAUCAGCUUCAGGCUCAGAUGAUGCAACUGAUCCAGGAUAGAGAGAACUUAGAUCUGCUGCUACAGGAGAAGCAAGGUCUGGGCAGAGAGAGGAAGAACAUAAAGGACCGCAUUCAACGUCUACACGCUGCUCAGCUAGAACUGUCCAGAUUCCCCAACUGA